AUGUCUGAAACAGAGUUAAAAGACUUAUUAAAAAAGCGUAGUGUAAUUAAGGGUAAAGUAACUGUGUUUAAAAAUAAAUAUGUGGAAUUUGAGAGCAAAACAGAUAUUACUUCCAGUCAAGUUAAUGAGCUAGCAUUGCGGUUGGGCAGAUUUGAAAUUGUUUUCAAUAAUUUUGAUGACUUGCGGGAAAAGAUAGAAUCGAUAACCAGCGAUAGUGAGCAGCUGAAAGAAAAUAUACAGAUUGAAAACGAUUUCUUCGACCUGAUUAAUUGCGCGCAGGAAUUUAUAGACAUGCACAAACAAAGGUUUACUGAUGCUGACGAUGGGAGUGUUAGUAGCCGAAAUUCAAACCAGCAAAUUAAUAUUAAACUGCCCCAAAUUAAGCUGCCGUCUUUCGAUGGAAAUUAUGGCAAAUGGCUUGAAUUUCGAGAUACUUUUACGUCUAUUGUGCAUAAUAAUAGUUCUUUGAAUGAAAUAAAUAAGUUUUACUAUCUGCGCACCUCCCUAGAGGGCAGCGCCGCGCUUGUAAUUAAAUCGUUAGAAAUAUCUGCCGCCAACUACGCCGUCGCUUGGAGUUUACUGUGUGAUAGAUACGACAACAAGCGUCAGCUGGUUCAUAACCAUUUGCAAUCCUUAUUCCGCAUAGAGGCAUUGACAAGAGAGUCAGAUAAGUGUUUGCGUAACUUAAUUGAUAAUGUAACAAAAAAUUUACGAGCGCUCGAGAGCCUCGGCGAGAAGGUAGAUUGCUGGGAUACGCUUAUUGUUUUUCUUUGCUCCUCCAAGCUUGACCCGAUCACAUUAAGAAAAUGGGAGGAAAAAAGAAACAGUUUAGAAGACUCGCCGAAGCUAUCUGAGUUCACUGACUUUCUUCGUAGCAGGGCUGACAUACUGGAAUCAUUGGCUAGAAGCGGCAGUAACUUUGAAAGGCCUGAAAAACAGCCUCAAAAGAAAUUAGAUAAAAGUCAAAAAACAUUUGUCGCCGCCGCUUCGCACCCAACGACAACCAGCUCGCCUCAAUCAUCGUGCUUGAUAUGCAAAGGGCACUUCCUGAUCGGACGAGCAUUGACUUCGCUACCUGCACCGAACCUCGAGGAAGCCAAACCGAGCCAGUUGCACCGAUACGCACGGAUGGAGCAAGUGCGCCAACACUUUUGGGCCAGAUGGAGCCAGGAGUAUGUCAGUUUACUGCAGCAGCGUACCAAAUGGCGCUCGCGACAGCCUAACCUCCAGCCGGGUCAGCUCGUCCUGGUGAAGCAACCCCACGGCCCGCCGUUGACGUGGCCGCUCGGCCGCAUCGAAAAGCUACACAAAGGCUCUGAUGGACUAUGCCGCGUUGUAGACGUAAGAACACGAAAGGGCCUAGUUCGACGUGGCAUUUCCUGCAUAUGCCCUUUGCUGACGGACGGAGAGGAUACUGACGAACAACACUGUUGA